AUGGCAGCUUAUGCAGCUUUGCUCUCUCUAAUGCGUCUCAUAGAUGACAUCGAGAACCAUCACUCCCCACCCAUCUCUCUUGACAAACACCAAAUUCAAUCCCUCACUGAAAAUGUAACCUUCCUGCAAGAAUUCCUCGAACCUUACAAGUCCCCGCUUUCUGAAAGCGACGAAGCAGAUCCAUUGGAGAUGUGUAUUGCCGAUGCAGCUUAUGCGGCUGAAGAUGUUAUUGAAUCUCAUAUUGUUGACAAGAUUCAGCACAGUAGACCCAAAGCAACCAAACUCAGAAAUGUCUCAUCAAAACAUGAUGAUAAACCGGCCAAGUUGUAUGAAGAUGUACAAAAUGUGAUAGAUGAAAUGGAUCGGAUCAAGGCAGUGGCGAUGGAGACCAAUACAGACAAGGUUGUGGUGCUCCAUGAUCAACCGUGUAGAUUGAUCUCUUCUUCCACUAGGAAGCAGAGUGGUGGCAUGAUGGUGUUCUCUGAUCAUGUCUUGCAUGGAAUCAUGGAAAAGCUCAUGUCAUAUGAAUCCGGUACCCAAGUCAUCCCCAUAACAGGCAUGGGUGGGAUAGGUAAGACCGCUCUUGCUCAAACUGUUUAUUCACAAAAAGCAAUUAAUGAGCAUUUUGAUAUUUGUGCUUGGGCUACUAUUUCUGAACAAUACAACACGAGAGAAAUUUUGUGUGAACUUGUUUCUCAAUCCACUAACAAAGACAAGGAAAAACUUAGUGGAAGGAGUGAAGCCGAAUUAGGAUUAGAGCUCCACAAAUCUUUGUUUGGUAGAAGGUUUCUAAUUGUAAUGGAUGAUAUGUGGAAUAUUGAGUCUUGGGAGGAGAUUCAGCCUUUCUUUCCUAACAAUGAGAAUCACAGUCGAAUAAUGGUGACGACUAGGUUAUCCCAUUUGAGUUCCCAAUUAAACAAUCAUUAUAGCCAUUCAAUGGAGUUUCUUGAUGAGUCCAGUAGUUGGAUCCUACUAUCCAAAACUGUGUUUGGAGAGGAACAUUUUCCUCUUGAAUUGGAGAAAGUUGGAAAGGAAAUUGCAAACAAUUGUCGAGGACUUCCUCUAUCAAUUGUUGUAGUGGGAGUCUACUUGAAGCCUUGUUUCUUAUACAUGGGUGUGUUUGAGGAAGAUGAUGCAAUUAGAGUCUCAACACUUGUUAAGCUAUGGGUUUGUGAAGGAUUUCUUAAACCUGUAGAUGGCAAAAGUUUGGAAACAAUUGGGAAAAUACGAUUAAAGGACUUAGUGGAUAGAAAUCUCAUUCUAGUGGAUAAGUUGGGGUCUACUGGAAACAUAAAACGAGUCAAAGUUCAUGAUCUGCUAAGAGAUAUAUGCAUGAACCAGGGCAAGAAAGAAGGGUUUUAUCACGUGAUAGGAGAGUCUAGUCCUCGAGGCAUAAAUAGCCAACGACGCGUUGUUAUACGCAAGAACACUUCAAAGAAGAAAGUGCACGAUGACUUUAAAUCUAUGUCGCAUGUUCGCUCAAUUAUUCGCGAGCAUGGGAAACUUCCUAAGGGCCAGAACUUUGGAUUGUUGAGGACAUUACAUGCAUACAAAUUUCGUUAUUACGAUGACGAAAGCUAUGUGAAUUCUCGCGUGUCGGGGUAUGUUAACUUGCGGCACCUUGCUGUUGAGGUUGCUAGGAUGUCCUCAAUAUUUUCUUCUUUCGGUCACCUUUGGAAUUUGCAGACUUUGAUCGUUUAUUGCGAGAGUGAGUCAACUGCGCCUACCGAGAUUUGGAAAAUGCCUCAACUAAGGCAUAUUGCUAUGAAUGAGAGAAGAUUAAUUCUCCCAGAUCCUUCAACUGAUGAUGUUGUCAUGGAGAAUCUAGAGGUACUUAAGGGAGUACUCAAUUUCAAGUGUGAUGAAGAGGUGGUUAAGAGAAUUCCCAAUAUCAAUAAAUUGGAGAUAAUGUAUGAAGGGAGAAAGGGAACGGAGCAUGAUGAUUAUUACUGUAUGGGAAAUUUUGAAUGUUUGGGUAAAUUAGAAUACCUCAACAUCUCAUUUUGGUAUGAUUUUAGAGGGAGUGACUUGUAUAAGCUCAUGUUUCCCCAAAACCUCAAGAGUUUGACUCUUUCAGUACAUAAUGGAUUUGAAUGGGAAAUGAUGUUGGAAAAGAUCGGUUCUUUGCCUCUUCUUGAGAAGUUCAAGUUGUAUCGUGGACGUUUUAGAAAAGGAAAAUGGGAAAUCUAUGAAGACCAAUUCCCUAGCCUCAAAUACCUGGAGUUGUGUUCGUGUGAGAGUCUUACAUAUUGGACUACAAAAGCGAGCUCCAUCUUCCCACUUCUUGAGACGCUUUAUCUUUUUAAUUUAGAUGGACUAGAGAACAUCCCAUCUGAAAUUGGAUACAUACCAACACUCCAAAUCAUACAAAUGGAUGAUUGUCGCGAGUCAGUGGUAAAAUGUGCAAAAGAGCUUGUAGACGAACAAAUGGAUUUAAACGGGGACAAUAUUUCCUUUAAUGUUCACGUUUGGCUUCCGUUUUUUAAAAAUGAAGAAGCAGUGUUGCGAGAGUUGCAGAGCUUGUCAGAAUUUCUCCAAGCUUACAAGUCCCCUGUUUCUGACCGUGAUGAAGCCGAUCCCUUGGAGAUGCGUAUUGCAGAUGCAGCUUAUGCGGCUGAAGAUGUUAUCGAAUCUCAUAUCGUCCACAACAUUCAGCUCAGUAGAUCCAGAAGCUUCUUCAAUUCAGAUCUUGACGAUGAACAGAUUAGGCUGUAUCAAGGCGUGCAAACUGUGAUAGAAGAAAUGGAUCGGAUCAAGAGAGUGGCUAUCGAGACCAACACAGAGAAGGUGGUGGUGUAUAGUGAUCAACGGCAUGGAUUCGUCUCUUCUUACGCUGGAAAGAAGAGUAGUAACAUGAUGGUGUUCUCUGAUCAAGUCUUACAUAAGAUCAUGGAAAAGCUCGUUGCAGAUGAACCUGGUCGCCAAGUUAUUCCGAUUACAGGAAUAGGCGGGAUAGGUAAGACCGCUCUUGCUCAAACUGUUUAUUCGAAGCAAGUAAUUAAGGAGCGGUUUGAUAUUUGUGCUUGGGCUACUAUUUCUGAACAAUACAACACAAGAGAAAUUCUAUGUGAACUUGUUUCUCAAGCCACUACAGUAAAAAGGAACAACUAA